AUGUGAAGCGGCGACAUGGCGGACAAGAUGAAGGGAGAUCUGUCUUCAAAGCAAGACAAAAAGUCUGAUACUACAAAAGAGGGUGAAAAGAAAAGUACAGAAGAACCAAAGGAACAAGAACUGUCAGAAGAAGACAAGCAGCUUCAAGAGGAGUUAAAUAUGCUUGUCGAAAGAUUGCAGGAACCAGAUCAGCGACUGUACAAACCAGCUUUAGAAAGUUUGAGAAGCAUGAUUCGAGCAUCCACCACCUCCAUGACUUCAGUCCCAAAGCCACUCAAGUUUCUUCGCCAACAUUAUGAGACGAUAAAGGCUGUGCAUGAUACAAUUCGUGAUCCGGAGACAAAGAGAUUCUGUGCUGAUAUUAUAUCUGUCCUGGGAAUGACCAUCAGUGAAGGUCAAGAUAGCCUCCACUACAGGCUGCUGGGCACAAAGGAGGAAUUAGGAUCUUGGGGGCAUGAGUAUGUCAGACACUUGGCAGGACAGGUGGUGCAGGAAUGGCAGGAGACUGGGGAAGACAACUUGGACAUGCGUGGCAAGCUGCUUGUUCUUGCACAGGAGAUCAUCCCAUACCACAUGGGUCAUAAUGCUGAAGCAGAGGCCUGUGAUCUUAUGAUGGAGCUGGAGCGCCUUGACAUGGCUAUGCAAUAUGUUGAUGAACAGGCUUACCCACGAGUCUGCCUCUACCUCACAAGCUGUGUCCCAUACGUGCCAGAUCCAGAGAACACCUCCUUGCUUCACUGUGCAGUUGAAUUGUACCGCAAGUUCAACCAGUAUCCCCAGGCGCUGCGCUGUGCCUUGCAGUUGAAUGAUAUGAAGCUAAUACAGGAUAUUUUCAUUUCUUGUAAGGACAGGGUAGUGCAGAAGCAACUGGCCUACAUACUGGGACGCCAACAAGUAUUUUUGGACCUAGAUGGAGAGGUGGAAGAAAAUGAUGAGCUGACAGAAAUCAUGUCAAAUGUUCCCCUUAAUGGUGCUUUUCUCUCUUUGGCUAGAGAGUUGGACAUCAUGGAACCUAAAGUUCCAGAGGAUAUCUACAAAAGUCACUUGGAACCAAAUAGAUCCUUGGGUCCAAACAACCUUGACUCAGCUCGGCAGAACUUGGCAUCUUCGUUUGUUAAUGGCUUUGUCAAUGCUGCAUUUGGAGCAGAUAAACUGCUGAUGGAAGAUGGCAACAAAUGGUUGUACAAGAACAAAGAUCAUGGCAUGUUGAGUGCUACAGCUUCUUUGGGUCUCAUCCUGCUUUGGGAUGUAGAUGGCGGAUUAAUACAGAUUGACAAAUUCUUGUACUCUUCCGAAGACUACAUUAAGGCAGGAGCACUACUGGCUUGUGGUAUUGUCAACACUGGUGUAAGGAAUGAGUGCGAUCCGGCUCUUGCUUUGUUGACUGACUAUGUCACACAUAACAGCAACAUCAUGCGUGUUGGAGCCAUAUGUGGGCUUGGUUUAGCAUAUGCUGGGUCUAACAGAGAAGAUGUUUUGUCACUAAUCCUUCCUGUUCUGGGUGACUCAAAAUCAAACAUGGAGGUCUUAGGGAUGGCAGCUCUUGCCUGUGGCAUGAUCGCAGUUGGCAGCUGCAAUGGGGAAGUCACCUCUACAAUUUUGCAAACAAUGAUGGAGCGAUCUGAAACUGAUUUAAAAGACACUUACGCCCGCUAUCUUGCUCUUGGCCUUGCCCUCACAUAUCUGGGCAAGCAGGAUGCUGUGGAGGCAACUCUGGUAGCAUUGGAGGUGGUGGCUGAACCACUGAAGUCCAUGGCAACAAUUCUGGUUGAUGUCUGCGCAUAUGCUGGUACUGGCAAUGUUCUUAAAGUUCAGCAUCUCCUUCAUAUCUGCUCUGAGCAUGAUGAUUCAAAAGAUCAGGAUAACAAUGAAAAGAAAGAGGACAAAAACAAGAAAAAAGAUGACAAGAAAGAGAAGGAGAAAGAACCUGCUGGACCCGAUCUUUCUUUGCAGCAAGGAAUUGCUGUUUUGGGCAUUGGUCUUAUUGCUAUGGGAGAAGAAAUUGGAAGUGAGAUGUCUUACAGGACCUUUGGACAUUUGCUGCGCUAUGGAGAACUACCCAUUCGUCGUGCUGUGCCACUGGCUCUUGCUCUCAUAUCGGUAUCCAACCCCAAGCUGCAGAUUCUGGACACCCUGAGCAAGUUUUCACAUGACAGUGACCCUGAGGUUGCGCAUAAUGCAAUUAUAGCUAUGGGCCUAGUUGGAGCAGGUACCAACAAUGCACGGCUGGCAGCCAUGCUUCGACAGCUGGCGGUGUAUCAUGCCAAGGAUCCCAACAAUCUGUUCAUGGUUCGUUUGGCACAGGGUCUGACCCACCUAGGGAAAGGCACACUGACACUUUGCCCAUAUCACAGUGACCGCACACUUAUGUCACCAGUUGCUUUGGCAGGACUUUUGGCCACUUUGGUAUCUUGUCUGGAUGUCAAAAACAUCAUUCUAGGCAAGUCUCACUAUGUGCUGUACAACCUGGUGACAGCCAUGCAACCUCGUAUGCUGGUUACCUUUGAUGAGGAGCUUCGACCCCUCCCUGUCUCCGUCCGUGUUGGACAGGCUGUGGAUGUAGUUGGCCAGGCAGGCAAACCAAAGACCAUAACUGGCUUCCAAACACACACCACACCUGUACUUUUGGCGUAUGGAGAAAGAGCAGAGCUAGCAACUGAAGAAUACAUCGCCCUAACUCCAAUAAUGGAGGGAUUUGUCAUUCUGCGCAAGAACCCAGAAUACAGUGCUGAAACAUAAUGCAUUCACACUUUUAUAGUCAUCUUUCAACAGUUUUUGUCACAUAAUUAAAAAUGGGCUGAGACAUUUAAAAUGCAUGUAAACUUUUUUCAAUGAACUUUUGUGUUUGUAUUUAUAAACAAAUGAUCAAGUUAUGUGAUGUCUGACUUUUUCAGUGGAGUUCACAUCAUUGGAUCUUUAGAUUUCACAAGACAUGGGAUGGGUGGUGAAGAAGAUGAAACUGUUAAUUUCUUCUUUCUUUUUCAACUAAGAGACAUCAGAAAUUACAGUUGUUUGUUCCAACCACUUUUGAGGAAAUUGCAAGCUGGAUGGUUUAUGUGGUAUGCUGAAGAGUUGUGUGUUGAGUGCAGUUGUUUCUGGGAUGCUAGUGCAACAAUACAAACCUAUAGAAAAAAUACAGUUCACAUGAAGUCCA